AUGUCUGUCGGGGGCUUUCCUUUGCGGCCUCGUCGACGCAUUGCCGAACAGCGCCCACCCCAAGAGCAGAUUGACGAUUUCUGGUCGAGAUUCACGACCAAGACGCCAGGAAAAGCGACAUCAGUGAUCCCACAAAGGGCCGGCAGAAGCAGAGCAGCCCGUGGCAGCCAGCCGGGCGGCACGUCUUACGAGGAGGCAGCGGCGCAGUGCCGGGCCAAGGUGGCGCACAUUGUCAAAGAGUGCCGGAGGGUCAACCAGCGGUACUACGACCCGCACUUUGACCUGGAGCGCGACCUGCACAGCGGCAUCGACGACUGUCUACAGGGCCUGCACAAUAUCUACCGGCUGGCGCGGCCGGCCAGAAUCGAGGACGAGGAGGAUGACCGUCGGCCGCGACCGGGUGCGGUCAAACGAGUGACGGACAUCUUUGACAAGCCGCAGUUCUUCAUCGAUGGGCCGACGGCCAACGACGUGCGCCAGGGCGUCUCGGGCGACUGCUGGCUGAUGGCAGCGCUAUGUACGAUGGGCAACAAGCCAGGACUGAUUGAGCGGGUGUGUGUGGCCCAGGACGAGAUCGUGGGUGUGUAUGGAUUUGUCUUUCAUCGUGACGGCGAGUGGUUCAGCGAGGUGAUUGACGAUAAGCUCUACCUCAAGCAGCCAGACUACGACGACGCUCUGCGGGAGCGCGAGGUGUUUGAUGAACACGUGCGAAUCAACUCGGAGGAGGAGUACCGGAAGCUGUACCAGGCGAACAGCGGGGCACUGUUCUUUGCGCAGUGCGAGAACGCCAACGAGACCUGGCUGCCGCUGCUGGAGAAGGCGUAUGCCAAGGCGCACGGCGACUAUAACGCGAUCGACGGCGGGCUGACGGGCGAGGGCAUCGAGGACCUGACAGGCGGCGUGACGUCGGAGAUUUACACGACCAACAUCCUAAACAAGGAGCACUUUUGGCGCGAGGAGAUCUUGCGGGUCAACGAGAGCUUCCUCUUCGGCUGCAGCACCGGGCUCUGGAACGACGGCCAAGGCCGCCGAGACGGCCUGAUCAUGCGCCACGCCUAUUCCAUCCUGCGAGCGGUCGAGAUGGACGGCGUGCGGCUGGUCCUGCUGAAGAAUCCAUGGGGCCACGAGGAGUGGAAGGGCCGAUGGGGCGAUGGGUCGCGCGAGUGGACGGCCGAGUGGAUGCAGAAGCUCAACCACCGCUUCGGUGACGAUGGCGCGUUCUGGAUCUCGUACGAGGACCUGCUGCGCAAGUACCAGUGCUUUGACCGGACCCGGCUCUUUGACGCCUCCUGGCAUCUGGCCAGCCUCUGGACCACCAUGACGGUCCCCUGGAUGGUCGAGUACAACGCCAGCAAGUUUGCCUUCCGGCUGACUCGUGCCGGUCCGGUCGUGCUGGUGCUCAGCCAGCUGGACAACCGCUAUUUCCGCGGCCUUCAGGGCCAAUAUCGCUUCCGGCUCAGCUUCCGGCUGCAGAAGACGGACGAAGACGGACGGCGCGACGGACAGCACGACGAGCUCGACGAUCGCUUCGACUAUGUGGUCCGCAGCCAGCCCGGCUACCGGAUGGAGCGGUCCACCAGCGUCGAGCUGGACCUAGAUGCCGGUAGCUAUCUGGUGCUGGUCAAGGUGGACGCGACCCGCAACGAGAACGUGAUGCCACCCGAGGAGGUCGUCCGCCAGACUGCAAAGCGUCAGCGCGAGAAGCUGACCCGCAUCGGGCUGGCCUAUGAUCUCGCCCACAGCAAGGGCCGCAUUGUGGCCACGGCCGAGGAAAAAAAGGCCCACGCGGCGGCCAUGGCGCGGCGACGGGACAAGGACAAGAUGCAGCUCAAGCAGGAACUCCUGCAGGACAUCCGGUUGAACCACAUGCGCCGUCAGCACGAGCACAACGUAGCCCGCAGGAUCCGGAGGAGAUGGGAGGCCAAAGAGGCCAGACGGAAAGCCAGGGAGGAGUUGAUGGGGCCUAAGAUCGGCAAGGCUUCGGCUGGUGAAGAGGGUAGUAUAGCGGCUGAGAACACGCCCACAAGCAGCAAGCAAACUCUCGAGGAAAACCUGGGUUGCGAUCAAGCCGACGCUCCUCCUCCAAAAUCAUCGUGCUCGCCUUGGUGGAGUGCCGACAGCCAGAUCAGCGAGUCGGAUGUGAGCGAGCUCGAGCUGGAGAAGAUCUUCCUGGAGAGGCCGAUGCGCCAGCGGUCACCAUCGCCGCUGUCACGGCGACGAGCUCCUUUCAAGCCCAUGGCGCCGGGUGGUGACGAUGACGACAACGAGAAGGACCCGUGGAACGCGGUGACAGUGGUGGGCCUACGCGUCUACUACCAGGAGGUGGAGGGUGACAGCGGCGAUGUCGUGAAGAUGUGGGUCGAACGGCCAAAUCCACUUCUCGCAGACGACUUUGAGGACAGCGAGCCGGGCGAAGAGGAGAAGGGGGACGGUGACAAGGACCAGCAGGAGGUCACCAAGGAGGAAGUGCUCGACCUUGACGACAGCCUGAAGGAUGCCAGCGGCCUGGCUCGAACUGGCCAAAAAGCUGCAAAUUUGGUCGACCCUUCGACCCUGGUCAAGCGGCUCAGCAUCCUCCCCAGCUGCUUCACUGCCAUUGCUUCGUUUCCGAGGCCCGUCGACACCUGCCAAGGAUGCGUGGAUUGUCGUCUCCGAUUUGAAUUGGAUCCUCUUUAUAUUCUUUUUUCGUCUCUGAACCCGACCGGCCUCUCGGACGACGACGAUGCGGUCGCAUCUUGCGGCGCGCAAUGUGUACCGACGGUUCAUCACACAUUCCGACGGCGUGUCGGCCGUGCCAGUGGUUCCAUUGCUUGCGGCAAGCAGUGCGAGCAGCUCCGACGGACGUUUCUGGGCUCGCUGCGGCGAGCGCCACCACGGCAGCUCAAGGAGCAGCAGGUAGAGCCAGGCUACGACGUGCUGCUGCAGUUUCGGGCUUGCACGGCCGAGGACACACGGCGGCCGGCACGGGAGGAGCUGGUGCAGGCGUUCCGGGACUUUUUCGGGUACAAGUACCAGUACGGCAAGCGGGUGAACGCGACGCAGGCAGAAUGGAUGCUGCGGCUGUUUGAGUACUUGAGCGACGGGCUGGCGGCGAUGGAGGGCGACCCACUCCGAGGAGGGCUGCGACGGGUCAGGCGAAACGGCCGGGACACGGCCAGCGUGGUGGACCUGACGCUAGAAGAGCUGCGGGCAGCACGCGAGGCGCUGGCGCGGCAACCAGGCGACACGGACGAGACGACGACGAGGCACCACCUGGAGCUGUGCCGGCGGAUCUACGGGGAGAUGCAGCGACGCAGCGCGGCGACGGCGGUGGACUUUAAGCGGCACGUAGCCGUGCUGUGUCAGUACGGGGCUUCGCUGGAGGCAGCGUCGCUGCUGUCGAGCUACCUGACAGCAGCAGCACGAAGCGAAGGAGCGGCUGGUGCGAGCGUGCAGCGGUCACGACGAGACAAGGAGCUCUGGCUGGUGGUGCUGGGCGGGCUGGCACAGGAGGGCCGCGAGGAGGCGCUGCUGCGUGAGGCCACGGCAGCGCUGGCGGCCGGGCUGGAAUACAUGCCGGCCUUCCACGAGAUCAUGACGACAUUUUACGCACGACGCAACAAUCUGGCGCAGACACGGGCCUGGUUCGACCGUCCGAUGGCGAGGCGGCUGCUACUACCGACAGCUCGGACCUUCCGGGAGCUGCUGGCCUUUGGGAAGAAGCCGGAAGGGACAAAGAAGGAAGAUAAAAGAGAUGGCCGACAGAAGUGGAUCCAGACGACAUUCCAGCAGCUCUGCGACGCGAACCCACCCAAGGACCUCUGGGACGUCAUCUUCCAGUGGGCCGUGGUACUGCUGGACAAGGGUGUCGACGACGUGCGGCACAUGAUGGCGACGAUGGCGCGACACAACGCCGGGCGGCCCGACAUGGAGCCGGACGCGGCGACGAUCAACGGGCUGGUGGCAGCGGCAGCGAGACGGGGCGACGUGCUGUUGGCCGAGCGGUUUGUACGGCUGGGCGCCGAUCUGGGCAUUGCGGCCGACGGCCAGACACAUGUGCAGCAGCUAGACUAUCGCGUGACGGCGGGCGAUCUCAGCGGCGCACACGCCUCCUUUCUCGCACUCGGCGACAGCAGCCAAGACGAGGCCAUGGGCGGACAGGACGAGGUCGACGAGGCCGAGCGGGCCGUCAACCGCUAUGUGCGGGCGCUCACGGACAAGACGACCAGCGUGACACAGCUGCGCGAUGUCGUGGACGCGGUCGAGCGGCGCCAGAUCGCGCUCGAGCCCACAACCGUCGUGGCUCUCUGCAUGGCCUUUUUGCGGUUGGAUCGCCAGUACGACGUGAUCGACGUGCUCUCCGUCCAUGCACUGCAGUACUCGGCCGACGACCGGGCUCACGUGCGCGAUGCUCUUGUCGCCUAUGCCACCAACGUCGCCACCACCUCGACCGCCCGCGCCUGGGACGCGUACUCGCUGCUGCGCCAGUACUUUGCCGAGACCCCGUCGGCGUGCCGUGUCCGCCUGAUGGACGCCUUCUUUCGCCGUCGCCGUCCCGACAUGGCCGCCAUGGUGUUUGGCCAUAUGCGCAGCGCCACCGACCCGGCCCUGCGCCCGACCGCGGACAUGUACGUGCGCUGUCUCGAGGGAUUGGCCGCGUGUGCUGGUGCUGGUGUUGGUGCUGGUUGGGGAUCGGGUGGUGGGUCUGCUUACUCAGCAGCCGAAAAUGCCGACACCACGGCGCCUUCGCUGCACAUGGUCCACAACAUGCUCAAGAUGGACGCCCUCGUCCAGCCGGACACGCGGCUGCUCAACGCCCUCAUGCUCGCCUAUGCCGCUGCCGGCUCUGCCGACGACCGCGCCCGCGCCCUCGACUUCUGGCACGACAUCAGCCGUUCGGCCGAGGGCCCCUCGUACGCCAGCCUCGUCGCCGUCUUUUACGUCUGCGAGGGCCUGCCCUUUGGCGAUGCCCACGCCCGCCGCAUCUGGGCCCGCCUGAUGCGCAUGGAGAUUGACGUUCCGCCCGCCGUCUACGACGCCUACUGCGGUGCCCUCGCCGGCCAGGGCCAUGUCGACGACGUCCAGCGCCUCAUCCGUGGCAUGGUCCGGUCCGCCGGCUACGGGCCGACCGCCACAACUCUUGCCAUUGCCCACAACGCCCUUCCUGGCCAGGUCCUGCAGCACGACUUUGCCCAGUGGGCCGCCCAGCAGUAUGCCGACCUGUGGCAGCAGACCACUCAGCUCGGCUGCAGGACCACCGUCGACGGCCUGCGCAGAUACAACGUCACGCGCGAGCUCCGGGCCUGA